AUGGAAGUAGCGGCGGAAGAUCCACGGAUGAAGAGCUUCCUUGGCGAGGGAUUCAAGCAAGGCUCGUGGUAUGAGGCCUCGCUUGGCUCCGCCCUUCAAAAAAAGGCCGUGUCGUGCACAUUUCCAGUCUAUGGCGAUCAUGGAUCGCUUGGCAGCGUCAAGUUGAGAGCUGUUCGUGAAGGGAACAGCAUCAGUUCUUUGGCUUACAACAUCAUUGGGCCCGCGCAGUGGGAUUUGCUCAUCCUGGAAGCCACGCUCCACUCCGCCGACAAAAAGACAACCGAUAGAAUCAACCUCAUGGAGCCCUCUUGGGACAGUAGAGAUGGCCGCAAAGCAGCCAUCGCCAACGGGCACCAGGAUUAUGUCAACAAGCUCCUGGCCAAGAACUAG